AUGUUUCUGUUCAAGGCAGCUCUCCUCACGGGCAUCGCCUCUCUGGCUUGUGCCAAGGUCGAUGACCUAGCCAACGCUUUCGAGCUGUCCGAUGUAUCUCUGACAGACAGUCGAUGGAUGGACAACCAAGAUCGCACCAUCAACUACCUCACUUCCAUCGACCCAGACAGAAUGCUCUACGUCUUUCGCAAGAACCACGGUCUCGACACCAAGGGUGCUCAGAAGAACGGAGGUUGGGACGCGCCGGACUUUCCUUUCCGCAGUCACGUCCAGGGCCACUUUCUCACUGCCUGGUCCCAUUGCUAUGCCACCGCUGGGAACAAGGAAUGUGGCUCGCGCGCUAAGUACUUUGUUGCUGAGCUUGCUAAGUGCCAGGCCAACAACGAGAAGGCUGGGUUCACCAAGGGCUAUCUGUCUGGCUUUCCCGAGUCCGAAAUUGAGAAGGUCGAGAAGAGGACUUUGAACAAUGGCAAUGUUCCUUACUACGCUAUUCACAAGACUCUUGCUGGACUUCUCGAUGUCUACCGUCGUGUCGGCGACGACAAGGCUAAGGAAGUCAUGCUUUCUCUUGCGAGCUGGGUCGAUACCCGCACAGGCAAGCUCAGCUACAACCAGAUGCAAAGCAUGAUGCAGACCGAGUUCGGCGGCAUGAACGAAGUCCUUGCGGAUAUCGCCUACUACACCAAUGACAACAAGUGGCUCAAGGUCGCUCAACGCUUCGACCAUGCCAUCAUCUUCGACCCUCUUAAGAACAACGUUGACAAGCUCUCCGGUCUGCACGCCAACACCCAGGUGCCCAAGUGGAUUGGUGCACUUCGCGAGUACAAGGUUUCCGGUGACAAGAAGUACCUUGACAUCGGUCGCAAUGCCUGGGACUUGACCGUUCACAAGCAUACCUACGCCAUCGGUGGAAACUCUCAGGCUGAGCACUUCCGCGCACCCGAUGCUAUCGCCAAGUACUUGACCAACGACACUUGCGAAGCAUGCAACACAUACAACAUGCUCAAGCUGACCCGUGAGCUUUGGGCUUUGAACCCCAGCGAUGCUUCAUACUUUGACUUUUACGAGAAUGCUUUGAUGAACCAUCUUCUCGGUCAGCAGAACCCUAAGGAUAACCAUGGUCACGUUACCUACUUCACACCUCUUAACCCUGGCGGUCGCCGAGGAAUCGGACCUGCCUGGGGUGGCGGUACUUGGAGCACUGACUAUAACUCGUUCUGGUGCUGUCAAGGGUCUGGUAUUGAGACGAACACGAAGCUUAUGGAUUCAAUUUACUUCCACACCAAGGAUACCCUCUACGUCAAUUUGUUUACUCCCUCGAAGUUGAACUGGUCGCAGCGUGGGGUUUCCAUCACUCAAAGCACCGAGUAUCCCCAGAAGGACUCAUCCACCCUUCAGAUUGGCGGAAAGGAUGGUGAAUGGACACUCGCUGUUCGUGUUCCAUCCUGGACGGCAAAGGCAUCCAUCAAGGUCAACGGUCAGACCAUUGAUGUAGAGGUCAAGCCUGGAAAAUACGCUAUGGUCAAGCGCAACUGGAAGUCUGGUGACAAGGUUACUCUGCAAUUCCCCAUGAGUCUCCGAACCGUCGCUGCCAACGACGAUCCUAACGUUGCCGCCGUUGCCUUUGGUCCUGUUAUUUUGGCAGCCAACUACGGUGAUACCUCAAUUGGUAAUAUGCCCACAAUUGAUUUGGCUACUGUCAAGAGACAGGGUAAUGAGGGUCUCAAAUUUGAAGCGCAAGCAGGUGGCGAAAAGGUUCAGAUGGGUCCUUUCUAUGAUGCACAAGGAUUCAACUACAAUGUCUAUUGGAAGACCAAGGGGAAGAUUUCCCAGUAG